GCCCAGCAGCGCCGGAGUCGCUCGGCUCGCUGCCGCCGGGGCCUGCCUGCACCCCGGCAGAGUUCGGGGCCGGAGAAGGGCGGCGCGGGCGGCGGGACUCAUGGAGGCGCGCGCGGAGCUGGGCCCGGCCCGGGAGUCGGCGGGCGGCGACCUGCUGCUGGCGCUGCUGGCGCGGAGGGCCGACCUGCGCCGAGAGAUCCCGCUGUGCGCCGGCUGUGACCAGCACAUCCUGGACCGCUUCAUUCUCAAGGCUCUGGAUCGCCACUGGCACAGCAGGUGUCUCAAGUGCAGCGACUGCCACACGCCGCUGGCCGAGCGCUGCUUCAGCCGCGGGGAGAGCGUCUACUGCAAGGAGGACUUUUUCAAGCGCUUCGGGACCAAGUGCGCCGCGUGCCAGCUGGGCAUCCCGCCCACGCAGGUGGUGCGGAGGGCACAGGACUUCGUGUACCACCUGCACUGCUUCGCCUGCGUGGUGUGCAAGCGGCAGCUGGCCACGGGCGACGAAUUCUACCUCAUGGAAGACAGCAGGCUCGUGUGCAAGGCGGACUACGAGACGGCCAAGCAGCGUGAGGCGGAGGCCACGGCCAAGCGGCCGCGCACGACCAUCACGGCCAAGCAGCUGGAGACGCUCAAGAGCGCCUACAACACCUCGCCCAAGCCCGCGCGCCACGUGCGCGAGCAGCUGUCGUCCGAGACCGGCCUGGACAUGCGCGUGGUGCAGGUGUGGUUCCAGAACCGACGCGCCAAGGAGAAGCGGCUCAAGAAGGACGCGGGCCGGCAGCGCUGGGGCCAGUACUUCCGCACCGUGAAGCGCUCCCGCGGCGGCGCCAAGGCCGACAAGGACGGCGCCCAGGACGGGCCCGACAGCGACGCCGAGGUCUCCUUCCCCGAUGAGCCGGCCGUGUCGGAAAUGGGCGCUGCCAACGGCCUCUACAGCAGCCUGGGGGAGCCGCCCCCCGCCCUGGGCAGGCCUGCCGGAGCCCUGGGCGGCUUUGCCCUGGCGUCCGGGGGCCUGGCGGGCCCGGAGCAGUACCGCGAGCUGCGCCCCGGCAGCCCCUACGGCAUCGCCCCGUCCCCAGCCGCCCCCCAGCCCCUCCUCUCCAGCCUGGUGUACCCCGACUCCAGCUUGGGGCUCGCGCCCUCAGGGACCCCGGGCGGGCCACCGCCCAUGAGGGUGCUGGCGGGAAACGGACCCAGCUCUGACCUAUCCACGGGGAGCAGCGGCGGGUACCCCGACUUCCCCGCCAGCCCCGCUUCCUGGCUGGACGAGGUGGACCACGCCCAGUUCUGACCCAGGCCCCGGGGCGCCCAGUACCUGCCGUGGGGGCUUGGCUGCUGGGG